AUGAUAUUUGUUUUCUUUUCUCCCAGUGCACUUCUCAAUCUUGUUGCUGUUUGCUGCCCCGAAAUUCAAAAAAAGAUGGAGGGCUGUCCGAACAAGGAUCCGCAGUUACUGGAUUUGAUACCUAAAGACAGAGAAUGGCUUCUUCAAAGGGAUGAUGAACAUAGAAGCCACGAGUCAUUGGAGGAGAAAAAGCUUGAACUAAGGCUUGGUCCGCCGGGAGAUAGAGAGGACUCUAAUCUCUCUAUAGCUCAUCUCACUAACACCUUGGGUUCAAAAAGAGGUUUUCCUUCUUUCCCAGAAAAACCAGUUUUAUCGCCUCCAUGGUUAUCUUCAAGCCACGAGAGGAUAUUCACUCUUCACAGCGCACUUUUUGACAGGAGUGCUCCUGCUCCAGUUGUGGGGUGGCCUCCAAUUCGAUCCUUCAGGAAGAAUAUUUCGAGCAGCGGUUCAUCCAAACAAACGCCUGAAUCGCAAAAUGUGGCCCCGAGCAAGGUCCCCAGUGGGCAACCAACAGCCGAGGUUUGCCGGAAGAGUCUCUUUGUGAAGAUCAAUAUGGACGGGGUCCCCAUAGGGAGGAAAGUGGAUCUUCAAGCCUAUGACAGCUACGAAAAGCUCUCAUCUGCAAUUGAUGAUCUCUUUAGAGACCUCGCAGCUCAAAUGGACCCCUCUGCUAAUGGAAUGGAGGAUAAGCAACUGGGAGAAAGAGCAAUUCCGGGCUUACUGGAUGGAACCGGAGAAUAUACUGUUGUUUAUGAGGAUAAUGAAGGAGACAGGGUACUUGUUGGGGAUGUUCCGUGGCACAUGUUUGUAUCUACCGUCAAAAGGUUGCGCGUGUUGAAGAGCUCUGAGCUUUCCACUCUACAAGUAGGCAGUAAGCAGAGUAAGAUUCCUCUUGAUGUUAAAAUGAAAAUCAAGAGGAGUUAA